CUCAGGUGUGUGUCCUACCCCCCCUCUUCCUGUAUGCAGGUCACAUCUGUACUCAGAUGUGUGCAGUGCCAUAUUCUUAUCUGUAUCAGGUGUAUCCUGUGUCUGACUCAGUAUAACUAUACUGUAACUCCUGUUGGUCUAUUGGUAACUCCUCUGCUGGUUAGACUGUAUACACCUGGGUAAUAACUCCUCUGCUGGUCAGACUGUGUACACCUGGGUUAUAACUCCUCUGCAGAUCUGACUGCGUACACCUGGGUAAUAACUCCUCUGUUCCAGGUGGCUCUGGACAUGCUGGAUCCCCAGGUGGUUCUGCCCACUGUGCUCCCUCACCUGCGACAAGGAGCUGUGUGCGCAGUCUACCUGGCCAAUAUCACACAGGUGGUGGAUCUGCUGGAGGGCGUGCGGCGGAGCAGGUUGCCUCUGCUGUGUGAGCGCGUCAUCGAGGUCACGCACAGGGAUUGGUUCCUUGCCCCAGUCAUCAAAAAAGAUGGGAGCUACGCCCUCAGAGUCUUCCCCUCCGGGGCCACAGAUCACGGAGAGGAAGAGUUAGGCAGUGAGGAGGAGUCGGCGUCAUGUGAUCAGGAGGAAGGUAACAGCUAAAAUACAAACAGGACAGACAUCGACAGGAGGAUUACUUAACAAGAGAGACUGCUGGGGUUUAAGGCUGCAAGGCCUUUAUCCUCAUCAAUUCAUUAUUGUUUGAUCUGGAUAGCUUCAAUUUAAGCUCCAAAUCAGGCCUCUACUGUCUAUACUUACAAAGUUUAGAGGACAUCAUUCCUGGAGGAAAUUGCCUCUUGAGGUCUGUAACAAUUGGGAGUACUAACAGUUAAUCAUUUAAGGCUACAAACAAGAGGAGACCACUCAAACUAUUUGUUUACUAACAGCUCAUUAAUAUGAGAAUCUCAUACAGACACUUCUUGAAAGUAUUCAAAAUCCACAAAGUCACCCCGGAGCUUUCCUUCAGAAUGAAUGGUGAAACAUGAACCAGAGAACCCAAGUGGAAACUCAGUGUAACUGCUUUUUAAACUCCAAACAGGAGGGACCUCUUUACACAAAGGGUGGUGGGAGUAUGGGACACGCUAACCAGCCAUGUAGUUGAAGCCUGGUUUCUUUCAAGAAACAGCUGGAUGAGAUCCUGGUGUCAAUUACCUACCAACUACCAAACAGGCCA